AUGAGCGCUGGAAAGUAUUUUGGUGAGGACUACAACUGGAAGCCGUUUAAGGAAGGACUGCAGGAAAUCUGCGAGACGAAAAAGCCUGGCAUCAUCUUAAUCGGGAAAGAAUGGUGCGAGUCCUGCAAAAAGACGGGUGUGAAAUUUCAGAAUGAUAAAGAGCUUCUGGAGUUAAGUCGCAAUUUCGUCAUGAUCUCAUGCUACGAUAACGAGGAACCCGACUAUGAUGAAUUUCGACCUGAUGGUAUUUAUUAUCCUCGAUUCUUUUUUGUUAAUCGUGAUGGAGUUAUUGAUUACAGCAUUGCAAGUCGAAAGGAAGGCGAGCUCUAUCGUUAUUUCUACACUUCUGUCGACACGUUCAAGGAACAAAUGAGAAAGCUUCUGUAG